CUGUAAUUAACGACCUCGUCGCUGUAGUUUGCAACCUUUGAGCGCAAAGCCAUUUUGCCCUGCCGACCGUCCCCAUCGGAAUGCACAUCCUUAGCAUUCGUGAUUAAAUGCCACAUAUCGCAGGCUACGCAUGCGCGCCCUCGUCUCUAUACCACCAGCGUGACACCUUUGUAACUCCCGAAAACAUCUCCCAGAAAAUAAACGAAGCCUUUGUUCCUCAGAGAAAUAGCGUCAACUUAACAUCUAACUUCGACAAACGCAGUUUUGCAGAGCUAAUGAGCCACGCCAUUUCUUUGGAAAGGGCAUCAAGCCGUCUCCCGCUGGCCUGAGG